AUGUCUGUCAGCGUGAGAAUAGUGUUGACUGUAAUUAUUGGAUGUGGAAUAACUGUUCAGGUAAAUAUUAUAAUAAUGCCUAUCGACAUCAUUAUCACUCUUAUUAAUAAAUGCCUAACCGAGUCUGACCCUUUCUUGAUUUAUUUACGAGACUUGUUAGAUUCUCACAUGAACCGCAGACUUCGUUAGCUUUUUAUUAAUGCCGCGUUCAAAGUUACAGGAACUCCCAGCAAAAUCCGCGUGAUUUCCGGGUUUUUUUUUAAACUUUGGACGCGGCAUAAAUAAGAAUGAUUCUGAGAUAAUAUUCUAAUUAUUCGCAUAUAUUCAAGAAAGAGUCGGAAAAGGGGGAACCAUCGAUAAAACCGUCUAUAGCUAUAGUCGGUGCCGGCAUUUCUGGCCUGUCAACUGCCCACCGACUGAUUGAAUUAGGAAUCGAGAAUUUCGAUAUUUACGAAGGCCUCGAUCGGAUUGGGGGUAGAAUUCAUGCGAUCCCCUACAGUACGUAAUGUAUUUGCUCAUCCAAUAUCAUCUGAACUUAAGAGGAUGGAUAUCUUCAAAUGGGAGCUCAAUUCAUCAAUGGAGCUGAAAACCCGUUGUUUAAAAUUGCUUCUCGUCUGGGAUUAGUUGAGAAUAUAGUGUCCGACACUGCUCAUGUCGACAACGCUCAUUAUGUCUACGGAAACCAAGGAGUUGAUCAGUCAGUUUAGACUGUGCGGUGGAAAAUAGUCAAAGUAGUCAUUCAGAGAAGAUAUAAGAACGUUUCUGGAUUUCACAUCGAAGCUAGAUCGGAAGUACAGGGACAUUGCGAAAAACGAUGAGAAAACAGCUAGACGAUACACCUUUAAAGAAAUUUUCACAAUGGAUUAUACAAAAUUUCUAAUGAGCCAGAACUUUACAGAGCAACAGAUAAAUGUAUUCGAUUCACUCGUACGAUCAUUCCGAUCGUAUUGGGAGUUUGAGUGGGCUGCAGACUGGAGCAAGGUAAUUAUGCCACCACGGACCGGUUAACUUUAUGGAAACAUUUUAGCUCAGCGUGCAUGUUCUAAAAGAAUGGAACGACUAUGGACCUGAGUGCGAGUCAUUCGCUACAAACAAGAUUGGUUACAAAGCUAUAAUUGACGAUAUUGCUGCAUCAAUUCCUCAAAAAUCAUUUCACUUUAACACUCGCGUUGAAAACAUUGAACUGAUUCCGAGCAGUGGACGAGUUAAGUUAACCUACACUAAUCUGUCAACCGAAUAUGAUUAUGUGAUUGUGACGUCUUCUUUGGGCGUACUAAAGAAGUACCAUCACAAAAUGUUCACUCCACCUUUGCCAAGGCAGAAAUUGGAAGCAAUAGAAAAAAUUGGGUUUGGUGGAUCGUGCAAAGUGUAUUUCGAGUGGGAUAAACCAUUUUGGACAAAUACUACAUACUCAAUUGCUCCACUGCCUGUUAAGGGAAUGCUAAGAAAUGAAUUGGACGAUUUUGAAGAAGAGACGACAGUUCUUCAAGUCAUGGACUGGGCUCCAAAUGUAUUGAGUGCUUGGUAUGCUGGACGCGGACAUCAGUUGGUCGACAGUAUGUCAGAGGAUGAACUGAAGAUGCGAAUGACGAAACUCAUAAGAGAGAUGUACAAUGAUCCGGAGAUAGAGCCGCCUAGUAAAAUCAUAAGGACUCAGCUAACAAAAAACGAGCUACUUCUCGGCUCUUACUCCUACAUGACUCAGGUGCAGGCUCUUUCUCGCAUAUCUUCUUCGCAGUUGGCAAUUCCAGUCAAGCUAGGAGGACAACCUAAAAUUCUGUUCGCAGGAGAGGCUACCCACCACAGGUUUGUGAGAUUUCCGUAUACGAGAUUUCCGUAUGUAUACGUAUACGAAAAGAUGAAGUGUCAGAGACCGCUGCACGGUCUCCAGAGCUGACAAUAUGGGCGUGGCCUCGACCAAAUGGCGUUUUCAUGAAUUGAGCAGGUUUUCUCUGAUUUUUGUGGUCAAAGGCGAUGAAAAAUGAUUGUUCGACAUGAAAAUACACUAAUUCUCAGAAUUAAUGACGUUUAGGCGCAUUUUUCGCGGACUUUGCUUUUUCGCCUUCGCCGCCGAUCGCCGCCUAAAAACCGCACUUCUCAUUUUGUGCUUUCUUGACCGUUUUCAGACAGAAUUAGUUUUGAGAAUCAUAAAUCACGUAAAUACAAGCAUUUUGAGCGCUCGAACCGCGAAAAUUACCGAAAAGAAACUGAAAUUCACGCAGUCUUAGCCAAAAACCUUCAAACGGAUAAAUGUGAUUUGCGACUUGACCAAAUUUAACGCUCUUGCGCUUAAAAAAUUCGUAAUAGCCUAUACAAUCGGUCUAUCGAGAGACAAAUGAGAAAUUAUCGGUUUUUCGUGGCUAAUCUGGCAAAAAACACAAAUUUUGCUGUUAAAAUUUGAAUUUCGCGCCAAUGUAUCGCUCUAUUGGGCGGGGCGCACUUGCGCUCAUUGUCAGCUCUGGAGACCGUGCGCUGUGAUGAAGAAAUCACUAAUAUGUGAUUACAGGCUUUUCCAAACAGCGAUUGGUGGCUAUCUAAGUGGCCGAAGAGAAGCUGACCGUGCGUUCAAAAACUGGUAUGGUUUGUCACUUGAUCGAAGCGGAAUACAAAAACUGGCCAAUGACUUCGUGCGUCAAAAUUGA